AGCUGUUUUUACGAUUUCGGCCAGCACGCUAACAACAAAAUUUUUAAUCAAUACAUUAGGUAAUAAGCUGACUUAAACAAUGUUUAAAUACUUGACGAGACCACUGCAUUUGGCCAGCCGCAAUGCCAUAAGAGCGCUCAGCGGUAAUGCUGCCACAACCGCAAGCUCAGGUCCAUUGAUUGAAGUUAACCAAGCGCUCAAUGGCUGGGAGAAUAAACUCAAGGACGCUGGCGUUCAGGAUACAGAGUUCAACAUCAAGUGCAUUGUGUCGCAUGUGCUGGGAAAGAAAUUCAGCACUGUACCUGAUGAUUUUGCUCAGUUGAAGUUCAACUCAGCGCAACUAGCGGACUUUGAGCGCUUCUUGGAGGCGCGCUGUGCUCGUAUGCCACUGCAGCAUAUCAUAGGAGAAUGGGACUUUAUGGAUAUUACUCUUAAAACUGCUCCAACUGUGUUUAUACCACGGCCCGAAACGGAAGAGUUUGUGCGUCUCGUUAUACAGCAAUACAAGCAGGAGAAGCAUGUCAAUAUGCUGGAAGUAGGCUGCGGCUCCGGCGCCAUGUCAUUGUCCAUGCUACAUUCCUUGCCCCAAGUAGAGUCCACAGCCAUAGAGCGUAGCAAAGCUGCAACAGCUUUGGCCUGGGAAAAUGCCAAAAUGCUAGGCUUAGACAAUAGAUUUAAAGUAUUUAAUCAUACCAUGGAGGAGGACAAGUAUAUGCCGGAUGAGCUGCAAGAUAAGCAGUACGAUUUAAUUAUAUCCAAUCCGCCGUAUGUCAAGACUGAGGAGUUUCAGUUUUUGCAUCCCGAGGUGGUGGUCUAUGAAAACCUCAAUGCAUUGGAUGGCGGCUCGGAUGGUUUGCGCAUUGCUCGCUUGGUCUUUGAGCUGGCCUGUCGUCAUUUGCGUCCUGGUGGCAAACUUUGGCUGGAGCUGGGCAACGAGCAUCCGCCGCUGGUCAAGACCAUUAUGAAUCUAAAGUAUCAGGGACGUCUCAAUUAUGUGGCCAGCUAUUAUGAUCAAUAUAAACGCGAGCGUUUUGUUGAGCUGCAAAGACCCGAAGCUUAAGUUUCACUUUCAUUAAUUAGCUUAUUGCGGACAUGAUUAAUGCAAUUAGAAUUAGUCGCAAAUGCAUUUAGCUGUGAUUUGACCUACACAUACAUACAUAUAGACCCAAACCUGCCUUGGAGGCUCAUUAUUAUAAAGUAGCAUUUUAGCUACAACAACAAUCGGAACUACAACAAAAGGCAUUUCGAAAUUAAUGCACUUAGUUUUAUUGGCUGUCAUUAUUCAAACGAAAUAAAUCCGUUGUAGUUACAACAACAACUAUAGUUGUACAACAUAAUCACAUGUUUAUGAUUUGAAGCUUUUGUGGUACAGUGGUUGAAAAAUGCUUUGCGUAUGAUGAAAGUUUUGCCUUGCUUAAAUCUAAUUACAGCUUUAAAUAAAUU